AAUGUUUUGAAUGUUGAAGUUGAAAAUAUUUAAAAGUCAAGUGAAAUCGUGUUGUUUAUUAGGAUCUUGGAUCUCUUUUCUCUUUCGUAAAUGUUUUUUCCUCGUGAGAAUGCAUUUAUAUUUUGAGAACGUUGCAAAUUCAUUUCCAUUCUUCAGCCAUUUUUGACAGACGGCGGCUCUAUCUUGUUUGAAUGUUCCUUGUUUUCAUACCUUCGUUUGGUUGUUUCUUCUCUUAGUCGGUAAAGAAGCGUGUCGUAAUUGAAUACACAGCUUGCUAUUUUUUCUUUUAAAUAUAAAGCUUGAGAUCUUUUCUAAAACUUCAUUUGCAAGAGAGAAUAAUUUAUACCCUUUGGCUUGCUGAACUGCUAUUUCAUCCUUUUGGAUAUACGGGUAUCUGCCUUUUAGCUGAGGAUUUUGGUUUAUUUAGGCUGAUUUUAUUGCCUUUAUUUGUUCAUCAGACAAGAAGAGGUUCUUAAGUUUCGGAAGAAUUUGAUAGAGUUUGAAAUUCAUGGGGGCUGCGAAUUCAAGGGAGGAACCUUCGGUUUCAUCGUCAUGGAAUGGUGCAUAUGGCCAAUCCCCCCCUUAUGCUCAGGAAGCAUAUGCUCCAUCCCCAUAUGGUCAAGCAAGUCAGAGUUAUGUGCCACAGCAAUCAUUUUCCUCGCCACAGUAUCACCCUCCUGAAAACUACCAUGGUGGUGCUGCUGCUGCUGAUAAUCGUAAAAAAUUUGAUAGAAGAUACUCAAGAAUUGCUGACAACUACAAAUCCUUGGAGGAGGUAACAGAAGCUCUUGCUCGUGCUGGGCUUGAGUCGUCCAAUCUCAUUAUUGGGAUUGAUUUCACAAAGAGCAAUGAGUGGACCGGUGCAAGAUCCUUUAACAAACGAAGUCUUCAUGACAUCAGAAAUGGCCCCAAUCCAUAUGAACAAGCCAUAUCCAUUGUUGGAAAAACGUUGUCUGCUUUUGACGAUGAUAAUUUGAUUCCGUGCUUUGGAUUUGGAGAUGCAUCUACACAUGAUCAAGAUGUCUUUGGUUUCUAUCCAGAAGGGAGAUUUUGUGACGGAUUUGAGGACGUUUUGAAUCGUUAUAGAGAAAUUGUUCCCCAUCUACGUCUUGCAGGACCAACUUCAUUUGCACCUGUUAUUGAGAUGGCAACAUCAAUUGUGGAUAAGAGUGGUGGUCAGUAUCACGUUCUGUUGAUAAUUGCCGAUGGACAGGUGACUAGAAGUGUGGACACUGAGCAUGGGAGGCUAAGUCCACAAGAAAAGAAAACAGUUGAUGCCAUUGUGGCAGCAAGCAAUUUCCCUCUUUCAAUUAUUUUAGUUGGUGUUGGGGAUGGACCAUGGGACACAAUGAGAGAAUUCGAUGACAACAUCCCUGCUCGUGCCUUCGAUAAUUUUCAGUUUGUGAAUUUUACCGCAAUCAUGUCAAAGAACGUUCCCCAGCCCCGGAAGGAAACAGAAUUUGCACUUGCCGCUCUUAUGGAGAUUCCUUCUCAAUAUAAAGCCACCUUGGAACUUAAUCUACUGGGGACUCGGAAAGGCAGUGCUCCCCAAAAGAUUCCACUUCCUCCACCUGUUCCAGCAUCUUUCAGCACACCAAAACCUCCUCAAUUCUACAAUUAUGAGCCAAGUGUGCCUCCGUAUCCUGGGAAUAAUAAUCCGAUCGAAACUGUUCGUUCUAUUGGGAAUAAUAAUCCGAUCGAAACUGUUCGUUCGGUUGAUCUUUCAUCAUACGAUGACAAGUUGUGCGGCAUUUGCCUCAGUAACCCAAAGGACUUGGCAUUUGGCUGUGGACAUCAGACUUGUGCCGAAUGUGGACAGGAUCUUCAAAUAUGCCCGUUCUGUCGGAGUUCAAUCCACACACGGUUAAAGCUCUACUGAUCAAGUCUCAACUUGCAACCGAGCCAUACUAGUCGAAACAAUCGUGAAAGUUGGUGAUUUGGUACAGGCAUAUCACUUACGACGUCAAACAGUAUAUUUGCCCUGUAGAUGUGAAAAUGUAGGCUACCAAUUCUAUUCAUACCUUUUAUUACUGAAGGAUUUUUUUUUUCCUUCAAAGUUUGAUGGUUUUGAGUCUUCUUUUUAGUCCAGUAGCCAAACCUUUCUUUGCUAUUUAUGUACAAAGGUGAAGAGGUGUUGUAAAUGAACUUUGGCCACUGGAAUUUGAUUCUAUUCUUUCUUCAAUUUAUCUAUCCACAUGUCUUUUUGUACAUAAGAAAACAUAUAAUGCAGUGUAAUGUUAUAAGUAUACUUUCUGCUUCUUUUGUU